AUGAAGAGUACGACUGACCUUAGUCGAGAAGAGAAAGACUACCAAGCACUUCUUUGCUCAUCCGGCGCUUCCGAAUCUUCAACCCCUCUCAGUCAAUGGGAGAACCAGACGGAGCUUCAUUGUAUGACACCCAGUCGUGUUGAUGGCAAUACAAAGCACUAUCUACCAUCGGGAAACCCGACACAAGGUUCAGCCGUCAUGUUUGCGUAUCAGUGCUUCUACAAGCCUCCACCUUUCAUAGGCAGGUGGAGAACGCCGGCGAACAAGAGCGUUGUCUUCAUCCGUAUCACGACACACUCGUUCUUGCUCUCAUUCAUGCAGUUCUUCGUUCCCCUUCUGGCCAUCACUGGCAUUGCAGCAGCUCUUCCGAAUGGCGGUGGAGAGCCAGCUUACGGCAAUGGUUACAGCAAGCCAGACUGCAUUACCAAGAGCACGUGCUCCGCUGUCUACCACACCAAGACCAAGACAGUCCCAUACCAGCACACCAAGACCUUGACUGUCACCAAGUACACGCCAUUCUCCUAUACCUCCGAGGAGAAGCAGUACAUCACUCUUACCGACUUUGGUGAUUUGAAUGGCCCUCUCAUGUUGACUCGUGCUGACUUUCCCCAACUGUGCCAUGGACCACCACCAUCACCAAGCCAGUCGUCCACUCUAAUGUGGUCUGCAAGACCCACUACUCCACCGACUACAAGACCACCUGCCUCACUACCCAGACUGAAAGCUACCUCAUUGACAGCUACCCAAACACAUAUUGACUUCCAUAUAGAUCGUGCAAGACUCAAGCCAUGCCCGGUCACCACCACCUCUGUAUGCACUGAGAGCUCCACCACUGUCUGCACCGAGACCUCCAAGGAGUGCCACCCAUACACCACCUGCGCCUCCAGCGAAAAGGGCUACCCAACCCACGAGCCAAAGUACGAGCCAAAGCCACAGUACGGCGAUGAGGGCACGAAGACGAGAUCAUGGCUCAUGACUGAAGUCGGACCAAAGCGAUUACUGCGAGACUGGUAA